UCCCACUUGAAUCCUGGGGCAGGAACUCAGAAAACUUCCAGCCCGGGAAGAGCGCGCUUGGUGCAGGACGCAGGAGCGAGCGGCCCGUCCCCCUCCGACUCUCCGGUGCCGCUGCCGCCUGCUCCCGCCACCCGAGGAGGCGCGGUGCCACCCACUGCUCCGUCCUUUUGCCUGCGCCCUGUGCCCGACCCGAACCCGGCAGAAUCUCCCCAUCCUCCUUCUGCUUUCUGACUGCCCAAGGCGCGAUUUGUUUUCUCUCUCUUUCUCUUUCUUGCUCUGCGAGCGCGGAGCGGGGGGGAAGAGGAGGAGGAAUUCUUUCCCCGCCUAACAUUUCAAGGGACACAAUCCACUCCAAGUCUCUUCCAUUUCCAAGCCGCUUCCGAAGUGCUACCGGUGACCGCAACUCCUGAUCCCAAACCGAGAGGGGAGCCUCCCAGCUUCAAACCCUCUUUUCCCUUUCCUUCGCUCUCCUCCUCCUCUAGCUACCUCCACCUCCACCUCCACCUCCGGCACCCACCCACCGCGGCCGCCGCCACCAGCAGCGCCUCCUUCUCCUCCUCCUCCUCCCCUCUUCUCUCUUUUUGGCAGCCGCUGGACGUCCGGUGUUGAUGGUGGCAGCGGCGGCAGCCUGAGCAGCAGCAGCCCUCGCAGCACGCCAGCUCCUCGCCCACCCUGCCUCAUCCUCCAGCCCUACCGCCCGAUCUCCCGAAAGGUGCCCGGCACAUUCGGGGCGGCGGCGGCGAAGCGGCGGCGGCAGCGGUAGCGGCGGCGGCGGCGGGAGGCAGGAUGAGCGCACGCGGUGAAGGCGCCGGGCAGCCGUCCACUUCAGCCCAGGGACAACCUGCCGCCCCGGCGCCUCAGAAGAGAGGACGCGGCCGACCCAGGAAGCAGCAGCAAGAGCCAACCGGUGAGCCCUCUCCUAAGAGACCCAGGGGAAGACCCAAAGGCAGCAAAAACAAGAGUCCCUCCAAAGCAGCUCAAAAGAAAGCAGAAGCCACUGGAGAAAAACGGCCAAGAGGCAGACCUAGAAAAUGGCCACAACAAGUCGUUCAGAAGAAGCCUGCUCAGGAGGAGACUGAAGAGACAUCCUCACAAGAGUCCGCGGAAGAGGAUUAGGGGACGCCAACAUUCUAUUUCUACCUCAGCAGCAGUUGGAUCUUUUGAAGGGAGAAGACACUGCAGUGACCACUUACUCUCUAUUGCCAUGGUCUUUCCACUUUCAUCUGGGGUGGGGAAAGGGCGGGGCGGGGGCGGGGCGGGGGCUGGGGGGGAGAAAUCACAUAACCUUAAAAAGGACUAUAUUAAUCACCUUCUUUGUAAUCCCUUCACAGUCCCAGGUUUAGUGAAAAACUGCUGUAAACACAGGGGACACAGUUUUAACAAUGCAACUUUUAAUUACUGUUUUCUUUUUUCUUAACCUACUAAUAGUUUGUCGAACUGAUAAGCAAGAGCGGGUGGGUGAGAAAAAAACCUCUGAAUCGGGGUUAGUCCAUCACUGCACUGCACACAGCCGAGAAAGUGUCACGCUCGUGACGUUAGGCAUUCCCGAAGGAAAGGCACGGUGUUCAACGCUGUGUACGCCUCACCACCCAACCCGCUCACUGUAGUGAAACUUCUGUUUAGAACACCAAAGAUAGGACUAGAUACUACUUCUCUCUUUCUCGUAUAAUCUCGUAGACACUUACUUGAUGAUUUUUUUUUUUACUUUUGUUUCUAAAUAAGACGAAAUGCUGAUGUAUCCUUUCACUCAGCUAACGAACCAGAAAAGGUUAUGUUCAUUUUUCAAAAAGGGAAGUAAGCAAGCAAAUAUUGCCCACUCCUUGAUUGACGGCUCUCACACGUAUCAGCAGGAGUACGAAAUGUACUCGUGGCACUCGUUUUCAGGAAAACACUCAUCCGCGUAGAACCUACUUCCUACAGAGCCAAAUGCCAUUUAGCAAGGAAUCACACUUGUUACCUUCAAAGCCUUUAAGGAACCUAGACAAGCAAAAUCAUCCUCUCAGUAAUUUAACAAGACCGUACAGCAGAAUAAAGCAUGAUGAACCCACCUGAUUGAUGAGGUGGGAGGAGCGGAAUCUAAAUUUCUUUGGCUAUAGUUAUACUGCAAUUUAAAAAACAACAAAAAAAAAGCAGUCUCUCUCUCUCUCUUUCUCUCUCUCUCUCUCCUCUCUUCAUUACGUAUCAGUUUCCGUGAAAGACCUAAAUACCACUUACCUCAAAUCAAGCGUAUGUAUUACUUCAAGUAAUACGUUUUGACAUAGGAUGGUUGACUGAGGUCCUUGACUUUGGCUUCCGUUCACCGUCUCUUCAUUCAAACUGCACUUUUAGCCAGAGAUGCAAUAAUAUAUCCCCACUACUCAAUACUACCUCUGAAUGUUACAAUUAAUUUACAGUCUAGUACUUAUUACAUGCUGCUAUACACAAGCAAUGCAAGAAAAAAAAAAGCGUAAUGGGUAUAGGUGAUGUUAAUCAUCUGUGGUUCUUUUUGUACACUUCAUUACAGUAAAAGAAGCAGCCUCCUUACUGUGUUUCAGCAUGGCUAUGUAUUUUUCUAUUUUUUUUUAAUUAAAAUUUUACAAAUACUUGUUUCAGCUUCUCUGCUAGAUUUCUACAUUAACUUGAAUAUUGUUUGUUGUUUUGUUUUGUUUUCUAAACCAAGUCGCUCCUAGGUUCUUAAGGAUAAUUUUCCUCAGUCAUACCACACAGCACACAAAAUUUGACUGUAAUGUUUAAAUCUUACCCUCCAAGUUUGUACCUCAAAAUGAGUUGUUUAAGGAAAUGGACUAAUUGACUUGCAAAGACCUACCUCCAGACUUCAAAAGGAAUGAACUCGUGACUUGCAGCCUUCAUUUUUGUCAGGGUCUGAAAUCAUUCAGACUGUCGCUAGCCCCAGUCCAGCCUAUUUUUGUAAGAGACGUUUGCUAGAAAGGAACGCAUUUUCACACACUUCCUACAAAGAUCUAGAUAAAAUAAAAGCCAACCUUCAAAGAAACUUGAAUCUUUCUUGGUGUGAUGCAACCAGCUCAACUUUUUGCAUGAUGCAAUCAAAAGAGAUAUGUUUUUAAGAUUCGUUGACUAUGAGAAUAUGCUUGACAGAUAUUUUCAUGUAUUUUACACAAAUGUGAUUUUUGUAAUAUGUCUCAACCAGAUUUAUUUUAAACGCUUCUUAUGUAGAGUUGGGUUUUUUUUUUUUUUGUUUUGUUUUUUUGUUUUGUUUUGUUUUGUUUUAUUGCUUUCUUUCCUAGUGAGUGUGCUGACUUUUUAACAUGGUAUUAUCAACUGGGCCAGGAGGUAGCUUCUCAUGACGGCUUGGGUCGGUAUGGCUUUCAGUACGGAAGCCAAAUGAAACUCAUACUCAUCUCUCUUCCAGCCGCUUCAGGGAGGUCAUUUCAGAGCCCAUAUACCUCUCUGAGACAGGCAGAUGGCUCACGGUUGGGAAUCACCAAAGGAGCUAUGGAGAGAAUUAAAACUCAACCUUACUGUUAACUGUGCAUGAAAUAAGUAAAGAAACAGUGGCUCGUAAAAAUAAAAGUCCCAUUCCAUAUUCUCGGUUGGGCCCCUUCGAGACCUCAUUGGCCACCUCAGAAAACUGAAGCAAGUUGCUCAUAUUGGCCAAACUCGGAGCACCGAGCGAUUUUCACCUCCGAUGAAGUUAUCUUUUAUUUCCUAUACGUUGUACAAUCAAAACACACUACUACCUCUUAAGCCCCAGUAUACCUCAUUUUUCAUACUGAAAAAAAAAAAAAAAAGCUUGUGGCCAAUGGAACAGGAAGAA